AAUAUAUGAAGCACGAGAUGCAAGAUGAGAGUCCCACGUAGUGCAAACUGCUAACUUCCAAAACAAGCCAUAUAGUUUUGCAUCUGUUUCUCUUUUUCACUAAUCUUCAACAAUGAGUUUUAUAAUUAGAAUGGAAACUAAGUUCCAAUUUUUUGUUCUUUUCAGCAUCUUAACAAUUCUCCAGUUCCAACAAGUAACCCCUAAUGAAGGUGGCCAAAAUGUUGCACAAGAUCAUCCAGAAAAACCAGGCCUUAGCAAGUUACUGAUGGACACAGUUUCUCUACUCAGAAAAUCCAAAGAAAGUUCAUGGGAGAAAAUCAAAACCGUCAUUCAUGAUCUUCAGAUGCAGUUUUCACCACCAAAUUUGGAUUUUAGGGGUGUGGGAAAGGGUGGUGUAAAAGAAGCAGUUGAGAAGAGUUUUGACAAAAGCAUAGAAUCAGUGGAAGAAACUGCUAGAUCAGCAGCUGAAUUUGUUGGAGAAGCAAUUCAUAAGAGAACAGAAAAGGUGAAAGAGAAUGCUGGCUAUGAUAAGGAUACUAAAGAUGAACUUUGAUUAAAAUCUUUUUUUUCUUCUUCUUUUAGGCAUUUUAAUCAAAAAUGUAAUGCUGUAUACGGAGAUCUUUGUUUGUAUUGUAGUAAAGUAAACUUUUUUUUUCUUAGCUUUUCAUACAUUUUUCCAAUAAUCUACAUGUUGACAGGAAAUAAUCUUUUGAAAC